AUGGAGCCCGUCCCUGAGAAGGGAGCCAAAACCACUAAGGAGGAGCCUGGCGUGCCCCAUGAAUCAGCAGAGGAUUUGUUUCACUUCAAUGUCGGGGGCUGGCAUUUCUCAGUUCCCAGGAGCAAACUUGCUCAAUUCCCAGACUCGCUAUUGUGGAAAGAGGCUUCAGCCUUGACCUCUUCAGAAAACCAGCGUCUGUUCAUUGACAGAGAUGGUUCCACAUUCAGGCAUGUACACUAUUACCUCUACACGUCCAAGCUCUCCUUCUCCAGCUGUGCAGAACUGAACUUGCUCUAUGAGCAAGCACUGGGUUUGCAGCUGAUGCCGUUGCUUCAGACCCUAGAUAAUCUGAAAGAAGGGAAACACCACCUCCGCGUGCGGCCUGCCGACAUUCCUGUUGCAGAGAGAGCAUCCCUGAACUACUGGCGAACAUGGAAGUGCAUCAGCAAGCCCUCGGAGUUCCCAAUAAAAAGCCCCGCCUUCACAGGUCUGCAUGACAAAGCUCCUUUGGGGCUCAUGGACACUCCGCUGUUGGACACAGAAGAGGAAGUGCAUUACUGCUUCUUACCCCUCGACUUGGUGGCCAAGUACCCAAGCCUAGUGACUGAAGACAACCUGCUGUGGCUGGCUGAAACGGUGGCCCUGAUCGAGUGCGAGUGCAGCGAGUUUCGCUUCAUUGUGAAUUUUCUACGCUCACACAAGAUUUUACUACCAGAUAACUUCUCCAACAUAGAUGUGUUAGAAGCAGAAGUAGAAAUUCUGGAAAUCCCUGAGCUUACAGAAGCUGUACGGCUGUACCGCAUGAAUAUGGCGUUGCAACCAGCAUUGCCAGGGCCGAAGGGAAGCCUGCUUAGCCUGGAGCAGGAGGAGCCUAGCUUGGGAGGCUGUUCCCGGACCUCCUGUCCACCUCUAAGUCCUGGCAAGGGGGGUCGCACAGCCAGUCUGGAGUCUGUGAAACCACUGUACAUGAUGGCCCUGGGUCUGCUGGUCAAGUACCCAGACUCUGCCCUGGGACAGCUGCGCAUUGAGAGCACACUGGAUGGAAGCAGACUGUAUAUCACAGGGAACGGGGUCCUUUUCCAGCACGUCAGGAACUGGCUGGGCACUUGCCGACUGCCCCUGACUGAGACCAUCUCCGAGGUGUAUGAGCUCUGUGCCUUCCUGGACAAGAGGGACAUCACCUAUGAGCCGAUGAAAGUGGCCCUGAAGACUCACCUGGAGCCGAGGACUAUGCCGCCCAUGGAUGUGCUCAAUGAGGAGUGGGCAGCCGAGGUCACGAUAUACUCACCACAGCAGAUCAUCAAGCUCUAUGUGGGAAGCUAUUGGUAUGCCACCACCCUGCAGACCCUGAUGAAGUACCCAGAACUGCUAUCCAACACUCAGAGAGUAUACUGGAUCACCUAUGGACAGACCUUGCUCAUUCACGGCGAUGGCCAAAUGUUCCGACACAUUCUCAACUUCUUGAGACUUGGAAAACUCUUUUUACCAUCAGAAUUUAAGGAAUGGCCUCUCUUCUGCCAGGAGGUGGAGGAAUAUCAUAUUCCAGCCCUCUCAGAAGCCCUGGCACAAUGUGAGGCAUACAAGUCAUGGACUCAGGAAAAAGAAUCUGAAAAUGAAGAAGCUUUUCCCAUUAGGAAGCUGCAUGUGGUGACUGAAGGGACAGGGCCGAUGGUAGAGUUCAGUAGAGAUGCCAAGGAAACCACAGCCUGCAUGCCUGUGGACUUCCAAGAAUGCAGUGACAGGACUCCAUGGAACAAGGUCAAAGGGAACCUGACCAGGUCCAGCCAGAUGGAAGAGGCUGAGCAGUAUACCCGGACAAUCCAGGUCUCCCUAUGCAGAAAUGCCAAGAGGGGGGGCAAUCCCAGCACAUACUCACACUGUUCUGGCUUAUGUACCAACCCCAGACACUGGGGAGGUCACUCUGAGAGUCCCCCCAAGAAGAAGUGCACCACUAUAAACCUCACACAGAAAUCUGAUGCCAAAGACCCCCCUGUCACCCCCAUGCAAAAACUCAUAUCUUUGGUAAGGGAAUGGGACAUGGUCAACUGUAAACAGUGGGAAUUCCAGCCACUGACAACCUCCAGGGGCAGCUCUUUGGAGGAGGCUAGCCUGCAUGUCCCCUCAGGAAGCGAGGCUGCUUCCCAACCUGGCACCUCCGCUGCCUGGAAAGCUCAUUCUAUAACCUCCGAGAAGGAAACUGGUCCCCAGGCUGGACCUGGAGCUGGAGUGAAAGACAAGGGACCAGAGGCAACCUUUAAGCCGUACUUCCCCACAAAAAGAGCCGUCACCCUGAAGGACUGGGGCAAGCAGAGGCCCAAGGAGAGAGAAAGCCCUGCUCCUGAGCAGCCUCUGCCUAAUGUUAAUGGGAUAGACAACCCGGGGGCCAUCCUCAAAGUGACUCACCCCCCUGUGGUGGGUAGUGACGGCUCUUGCAUGUUCUUUGAAGACAGCAUUAUCUACACCACCCAGAUGGAUAACAUCAAGCACACACCACUCACAGCCAGCCCCCAGCCUCGAGAAGUGACUUUCCUGAGCUUCUCUAUGUCCUGGGAAGAGAUGUUUUAUGCACAGAAAUGUCACCGCUUCCUGACCGACAUCAUCUUGGAUUCCAUCAGACAAAAGGAUCCCAAAGCUAUCACAGCCAAGGUGGUGUCGCUGGCCUACCGGCUGUGGACGCUGAGCAUCAGCCCCAAGCAGUUUGUGGUGGAUUUGCUGGCCAUCGCUGGCUUCAAGGACGACCGGCACACUCAGGAGCGUCUGUACAGCUGGGUGGAGCUCACACUGCCUUUCGCCAGAAAAUAUGGCCGUUGCGUGGACCUGCUCAUCCAGAGGGGACUGUCUAGGUCUGUCUCUUACUCAGUCCUGGGCAAGUAUUUACAAGAGGGCUAGAGUACCCAGACAUGUUGGCCCCACAGACGAUCACCAUAGACCAGUUGCCCAAGAUUCAUUUCUGUGGAAACCCCCAGAAUGCACUUGCCCAGCCAAUGAUACAAAUCACUUUAUUUUUUAUU